AGGCUGCUUCGGGGGCGUCAGGCCCUGACCGGCUGGGCGCUGAACCCGCGCGCGCGCGAGAGGCGCCGGGUGGGAAGCCCGGCAUCAGGUUUUUCCAUGUGAGUGGGGAAGACAGUUGCUGCAAGUAGAAGUGACAUAACAUUUUUCUAGAAUGUCUGAAGAUGAAGAAAAAGUGAAAUUACGCCGUCUUGAACCAGCUAUCCAGAAAUUCAUUAAGAUAGUAAUCCCAACAGACCUGGAGAGGCUAAGAAAACACCAGAUAAAUAUUGAAAAGUAUCAAAGGUGCCGAAUCUGGGAUAAGUUGCAUGAAGAGCAUAUCAACGCAGGCCGUACAGUUCAGCAACUCCGUUCCAAUAUCCGAGAAAUGGAGAAACUUUGUUUGAAAGUCCGAAAGGAUGACCUAGUACUUCUGAAGAGAAUGAUAGACCCUGUUAAAGAAGAAGCAUCAACAGCAACAGCAGAAUUUCUUCAACUCCAUCUGGAAUCUGUAGAAGAACUUAAGAAACAAUUUAAUGAUGAAGAAACUUUAUUACAACCUUCUUUGACCAGAUCCAUGACUGUUGGUGGAACAUUUCAUACUGCUGAGGCUGAAGAUGAUCCUCAGAAUAUGACUCAGGUAUAUGCGUUGCCUGAAAUUCCUCGAGAUCAAAAUGCUGCAGAAUCAUGGGAAAGCUUAGAAGCGGACUUAAUUGAACUUAGCCAACUGGUCACUGAUUUCUCUCUCCUAGUGAAUUCUCAGCAGGAGAAGAUUGACAGCAUUGAAGACCAUGUCAACAGAGCUGCUGUGAAUGUUGAAGAGGGAACCAAAAACUUGGGGAAGGCUGCAAAAUACAAGCUGGCAGCUCUGCCUGUGGCAGGUGCACUCAUCGGAGGAGUGGUGGGGGGUCCGAUUGGCCUCCUUGCAGGCUUCAAAGUGGCAGGAAUUGCAGCUGCACUUGGUGGUGGGGUGUUGGGCUUCACAGGUGGAAAACUGAUACAAAGAAAGAAACAGAAAAUGAUGGAGAAGCUCACUUCCAGCUGUCCAGAUCUCCCCAGCCAAACUGACAAAAAAUGCAGUUAAAACCCAACUUCAGUCUUAUUGGCGCCAACAUGUCUAUCCUAAUGAGGACCUUUGCUGCUGUUGGACACUCAGUCAGUUUUGGAACAUGAUUAUAUCAAGAUAGUGGCUGUAGAUGUUCAAGUGGGAUUGAACUGUGAUAAGUGGAUAUAUUUUGUUGUUUGCUGGAGUGUUAAUGGAGAUGUUAGAGAUUGAGGAGCCUGGGAUGAGGGUGUGUAGUGUUGUCGGGUAAAGUUUAAAGACUGCCAAGGAGCAGAUUUUCUGCCUGGAAAUGUGAAAAUUGAGCUUACAACUCUGAUAAGGACUUGAGAUGUAUGGACAUGAUGGGUUAUGGAAGACUAGUUUAUUCUAUAACCCUGACUUGGAGACCCUAAGGUUAAGUAUCUUAUAAAUAUGUUUGUUUAUCUCCCAAACAUAGGAGAUUAUUUGGCCCAUUAACAAAGAAAAGAAUGGGGAGUUUAGGAGCCUUUCUUAUCAAAUAAGGAAGUCGGGAUCUCACGAGGGGGAACAGGUGAGCUACAUGGUGGAGUCCAUUUGGUGAACCUUAUUGCAGUUUGGUCACCUGUAUUUUCUGGUGACGGACACUAAUAGUGUCAGAAAAUGGAAAGAGAGGUGCAAUUUCUCUUUCAGGUAACUUAAUUUGUGACACUGGCUUCUUCUCUGAACUCUUCUUUCUGUCUCUCUUUAAAUAAAGAACACAGAAUCUCAAGUGGUAGGAGACUAUUAAGCCAGUCACUGAGCUUGCUCUGUCAGUCUCUUAACACCUCAAAGAUCCAGUGGCCUCUGCCUUCCCUCCCUUGUAAUUUUGAACAGUUCUUUGACUUGUGGGGUGAAUUCUACCCAUGUGUAAUGAGGACUUUUCUCAUAAUCUGCUUUCUUGUACUGUCUCCCAUCUCUGUUUCCUUCCAAUCAUCCUUACUUGUAACCUCUAGGUGAAAGAGAGAAAAAAAGGGAAGAGAAAUCUCCAAAUAUUUCCAACAUUGUUAGAGUUUGAGGUAAAAAAAAAAAAAAAAAAAAAAAAAAUCAGAAGGUAGGGGGACACCAGAUCAUUUCUUAGGGACGUCUUACAAUUUCAAGAGACUGAUGUCCCUGCCACACAGGGACUCUCUGACCCUAAGUCUUUCUAGCUGGCCCUUGGAGGAGGGCUUUCUACCUCACUUCUGUUACUGCCAUCCUUUUCCCCAGGCUCUGCUGUCUCCUGUGCUUUCCUUUACUUUUCACAGCUGCUAUUUCUUCCCAAGAAUGGCGUUCUUGCCUGCCUUUUCUCACAUUCAAGAUGAUAGACAAAGCCUGGUGCCAAGACUCAGUCCUCACGAAGGAUUUGUGGUGCUAAUCCCAAAAGAGCAAGCAUGGCCCAGCCUAACCUAGUGUCUGUCUUAUCAAAUAGCAAAGAGAUUUUAAAAUUGGGAGAAAAGAAUUCAAAAUCACAGGUAGCCUCAUUCUGCACCCCCAACUCAUUUAAAUAGGAAAGAACUUCCUUUUGCCUUAAUUUUUACUGUUUUCUGAGAGCAGAGGAAUGGGCACCUAUACCACCAAAUGUGUGAGCUCGGGAACCAGAUUCCUCAGGUGGUUGAAUGGUUUAUCACUUCUCUCUUGUUGAGUUUACUCUUAAUAAUUUUUAUUAAUUCUACCUUUCACUUCUUUGUCUAAUCUAAACAGACCUUUCUCUCUCCCACUUUCUUGACGGUCACUAAUGAAUCUUUUUUUUUCCCUUUUAUUUAAAUGCAAGUUAGUUAACAUAUAGUGUAAUAAUGGUUCAGUAGAAUUAGUGAUUCAUCACUUUACAUCUCACUCACCAAUGAAUUCUAAUGAAGAGAAAGCACCAUUUCUUACUGUCAUUCAACAACUGGAAAAUAUCAAGUAUUGCUAACUGUUGACUUGUAUCUUUAGUAUAAUGCCAAGAAGGAAAUGCUUUGAAUAAGUGUUGGAUUCUAAUCCAGUAUUUGAUAUUGGAUUCCUGUAAGGUUGGGAUAUUUGGAACUCCACCUUUUUAAAUAUUUUCUGAUCCUCGCUGUCCCUUUAACAGAGGGUAUUCAAACCAGAAGGAGGAUCAGAAUCACCCAGGGUCCUUGUUUAAAACAAGAUUGCUAAACUUCAGUCCCAUAGGUACUUCUAAUAAUGGCCAAUCUGGCCUGGCCAGCCAAAAUUACAAAUUUAAGGUAGAGUUACAUCAAGAUUGAGCUGUAUCAUUGAGUUCUGUAAUUUCUAGUAUUCUGCCCUUCAUUUUGGCCCAGUCUUCAUCUCGACAUAUUACUCCCACUCUGCCAACCCGCACUUGGCUAUGUGUUUUAAGCCCACCUGCUGAACAGCACCAGGGACUAGUUUUACACUGGAGCUGGAGGAGGAAGGAGGCCUGUAACUGAAGCUCACAUUUCGUCUGGGGAUCUCAUUUAUACUCCCACUGCAUGUUCCCAUAUAGGCCUUUGGUUUUCAGUAGUCGUCAGGAUCGGAAUAUUACUCUAGCAGUCUUCAUGUUCAGGCAAGUUACAGCCCUUUUAAAAAGUUUUACAAUUUAAAAUUAUUUAGAAAUUGUAUCUAAUUUCCCCAUAAUAGAACUUAAUAGCUAACUUUUUGUAGAAAUUUUUUGGAAGUGUUUAAUCAACCUAUAAAGUGUUUAGAGGUAUAAAUUAGACAAUAUGACACAGAAACCAAUCUUAAACUGAAUUUAAUGCCCUACAGUAUCAGAUUAAGUUCAUCUUCUCUGUGAUUCAUGUCUUAUUUUUACUAGAUCACAUUAGAAGAUAAGGGGCACUUAAAGUUCUUAAAAUUUACAGAGGUACCAACUUCCAGUUAUAAAAUAAAGAAGUCACGGGUGAAAAGUACAGAAUGGGGGUGGGGAGAAUGUACUGAGGCUCAUUUGGAUAAAGGCAGUGCUCCUAAAGACUGUUUUUCCUGAAGACUUCUGUGAUGUAAUAAUUUGAGAAUUUCUCUGUAGAGCAGAGACUUUGAAACUUUUUGGUUGUAACUCACAGUAAAAAAUGCAUUUAUAUCAAAACUCAGCAUAUGCAUAAUGGAACGACAUUAUGUGUAGGGUACUCUGAUGCUUUUUAUUAUUUCAGUCUUUAAAAUAUGCUGGUUGCAACCUACCAAAUUGAUUUCAUAAUCUACCAAUGGAUUGUGACCCUUAGUUUGAAAAGAAGAAAACACCUAAUGGAGGAACUGAUAUUUAUUGAAUAUCUUUUGUUUUCCAGGCACUUCACUAGGCAUUUUACAGGUAAGGACACUGAGUCUUAGAGAUGUUACAUGAUUUGUAGGGGGGUAUUCAGCUGUAAAAAGUUGAAGCCAGGAUGUUCACUAGGUCUCUUGAACUACAAAAAUUUCUAUUACUCUCCUACUAUGCUACUUCUGUAUAUAAAAUUGAGGUGGGCCAUUCGUCCUGCUUCAGCCAAACCCAAUUUAUUCUGUAAGGCAGGCUUGCUGUGAAUUUACAUAUGCCAUUCGUUUGCAGUGGGUUUUUUUUUUUUUCCUAAUCUUUUGUCACAAAGUGUCCCACAUCCUCAGAGUUUUCAAUAGUGGCUGAUGCAGAAGUACCCAGUGCCGAAUUUGGUCCUUAGACUAUGAAAUUAAAAAUGUUUCCAUUCCACCUGCACAUCCUACAAAUUUUCUUGUAUUCCAUGGGUUAGAGCCAUCUCUUAAGCAGUGCUUUUUGAUAUUAACAAUGAACUCUACUGCAAAAUCUAUCAUAACUCAUAGAAUCAAAUGAUUACUCUCCUUUAAAAUGGUACCCUUGGGGGGCGCCUGGGUGGCGCAGUCGGUUAAGCGUCCGACUUCAGCCAGGUCACGAUCUCGCGGUCCGUGAGUUUGAGCCCCGCGUCAGGCUCUGGGCUGAUGGCUCAGAGCCUGGAGCCUGUUUCUGAUUCUGUGUCUCCCUCUCUCUCUGCCCCUCUCCCGUUCAUGCUCUGUCUCUCUCUGUCCCAAAAAUAAAUAAACGUUGAAAAAAAAAAAAAAUUUUAAAAUGGUACCCUUGGGAGGCCACGCACUUACUGUAGUGACACUAGUAUUACUUAGAACAUUUUUGAAACUUUUCUUUUGAAAUCAUCUCCAAAGACAUUUUAUCAAACACAUAGAAAAGCCACCUCGGUGUUUAUUAGUCACAAAUUACACUCCCUUGUCCUUAUGACCUUUCCUCUCUCCCUUUCUCAGUUUUGCUUUUCUUCUACUGGCUUAGCUCUCCUACCCACCUAUUCUGGAGCUAGUAACCUAAGGAUGCCCAGAAAGGGGGUGUGCUGGCCAGAGUUCCUGGAGCAAGAACUUUUAGUUUAUAUUGAUGCUGAAUGCUGCAAAGGGAGAAUCCUAUGAGUCCAAAAACCUUUCUCUGUGGGCUGCCUGCCUGCCUGUAAGUGUCCUACGUAGUUUGCACAGGAGUAAGGACUGAAUACUGGUAAUAUCAAUCACAGGAAGUUGAGGAAGCCUGAAAUAUACAUAAAUCAUGUAUAACAUUUUCCUCCAGUGAAAAACAGAAACCAAACCAACCUAUGCUUUGUGUUAACUUAAAACUGAAAGGUCUUUCUCAGGGCCCCCUUUGCCCUUCAUUGCUGCCACUUGAAAUCUGGGAGGAAGAAUGAUGAAAAGCUUGGGAAAAGGGUUCUCCUGUGAAAUGGACAUGUUUUUCUCCUGUAAUCAAGCAUAACAUGGCUUUGGCUCUCAGGUACUUAUGAAUGUUAGACAAUGUUCGUAAGUAGUCAGAGGACUCAUAAAAGGUAGUAAAGCUUCCCCAGUAGCCUAAGAUAAUGUAAACAAUUGAGGUUCUGUUUGUGUUUUUAAACAACACUUCGUUUUGUUUCUAGCAAGUGGUUCUCACUAUUUAUAUUCAUUAAUUUGACACCAUUUUACAGAGAAACUUCUUGGGUAUUAUAAACAAUCAGUGGCAAAAUGUCCAUAUGUUAUCCACAUUGCCACCCUCGAAGAAAUUAUUUAUUUUUGGGGAUAAAAAAUAUUUAUGUGCAAAUUUAACAAAAGAAAUAAAUUGAAUAAAAAUGUAAAAAGGUGUCAGAGGCAAAUGAUUUACCCAAGAUCAAAGCUAGUUAGCACCACAGCUAGAAUUAUAACCAAGGUCUAAGAAAAAAAAUCCUCAAAGUAAUUUAACUGAGGUUUUGUUAUGUCAUAUUAAGUUGCCUGCUGAGGCUUAUGGACUUUCAGACCAGCUUUAACAUUCCAAAUCAGGCAAUAGCAAUAGUGAAAAGGAAAUUGGGUGGGGAAUCAGGAGAUCAGAGGCUAGUUUUGGCUUUGUCUCUUGCAUAGUAAGCUUUUUCUCAGGGGUGCCUGCCUUCUCCUGCUCCAGCCAGGGAUUCGCCAACCAUAAACCUUAGGGGUUAGUAACUUGACUCUCUGCAUUCUUUAUAUAUAGCCACUUACUGAGUCUUGUCAAUUCUACUUUGAAUGUUAGUUGCAUCUACUUAUAAAUAUAUUCAUGGUCAUCUAUUUGUAAAAAACUGUAUUUCCAUACACCCCCUACCUCAUUUUCCCCAACUUUAAGCCAUUCCUCACAUCACUGCCACAAGAGUGAGAACUAGGUCCGUCUUCCAUUUUUCUGCUGAUUGUCAGUGGCUCCACUGAAUACUUGAUAAAGUUCAGACCCCUUAGGUUGGCAUUCACAGCUUGCCAUAUUUCCGGCCCCAGCUUUAUCUCUUCAAACUCAACUACUCCCCAUCUGACAGUGCCACUGAGAAUCAGACAUUCCACAAAAAUGAUUUUAAAGUUUUUCUGUGAAGUUACAAACUGGCAAUAAACUGUUUACAUUUGUCCAGACGGAAAUAAUUUCUGUAAUACUACAUUUUACAGAACUAGUUAACCCAAAAGUUGUUUCUUAAGGAAAACCUUUUGUCCCCCCAGAAGGAAUUAUAUUCAGUUUCUUAACCUCCAAAACAAUGUCAGUCCUGUUGCCUGUGUAUGUCAUAGCCAAAGUGGGGGGGUUUUCUUCAGCAACAUAGAUACUCCAGGCUUGAAUGGACCAUUGUCCAGCUCCUUUGAGAAACUUGACUAAUAAAUAUUUGAGAAAAACAACUCAAGAGUACAUGUUAUUCAUACAUUUCUCAAGUACUUGAGAUUUUCUUGUAUUAUGGUUAAUCAUUAAAAAGAUGUUUACCUGGGUUUUAUUAAAUCUCCUAAACAUAGUUUCCAUUUUAUUGUUAAACCCUUGAUGUUAGCAAGGGUCAGCACAAGAAAAGGCCCAAUGGUGAGAAUUUCUACAAAUUCUGUAAAGCUUACUGAAUUCAUUAUGUUGUUGAGUGGUGCUUGUAUAAGGAAACAUGCAAUAAAAUUCAUUCAACAAA